AAAGUGGCAAAUGACAAAAAUAAUGCCUUUUGUCUUCUGCAGAUCACAUUCAGCAUUUGUUGCUGCUCGGAAAACUUCUUUUAUUCUCCCAUUUUCUGCUUUCAAGUGCACUUUUCAAAUGGCUCGAUCUGCACUGGAUGAAAUGUCUGACUCUGGGGCUUUUGUGAGAACUGCUUCAACUUUUCGCUACUCUAUCUCCCGGGAUCCAAAUUCUCAAUUUCCACCCGAGGCUGGAAGGUAUCAUUUGUAUGUAUCGUAUGCCUGUCCUUGGGCUUCUAGGUGCCUUGCAUACUUGAAGAUCAAAGGACUUGACAAAGCCAUCAGUUUUACGUCAGUCAAACCGAUAUGGGAGAGAACAAAAGAAACUGAUGAACAUAUGGGAUGGGUUUUUCCAACUUUGCAUACAGAGGAACCAGGAGCUGAGCCUGAUCCUUUAAAUGGAGGAAAAAGUAUAAGGGAACUAUAUGAGAUUGCAAGUACUAACUACACUGGGAAGUACACAGUUCCUGUCCUAUGGGAUAAGAAAUUCAAGACAAUUGUUAAUAAUGAGAGUUCGGAGAUCAUCCGCAUGCUAAAUACUGAAUUCAAUGAUAUAGCAGAGAAUCCUGCUUUAGAUCUUUAUCCUUCUGACCUGCGAGCUCAGAUUGAUGAGGUAAAUGAAUGGAUAUACAGUGGGAUAAAUAAUGGUGUUUACAAAUGCGGUUUUGCUAAGAAGCAAGGACCUUAUGAUGAGGCUGUUAAACAAUUAUAUCAAGCUUUGGACAAAUGUGAGGAGAUACUUGCCAAGCAACGCUACCUCUGUGGAAACAAGCUGACUGAAGCAGAUAUACGGCUGUUUGUCACCCUUAUAAGAUUCGAUGAAGUGUAUGCAGUUCAUUUCAAGUGCAACAAGAAGCUUCUGCGGGAGUACCCAAACCUAUUCAACUAUACCAAAGACAUCUACCAAAUUCCUGGCAUGAGCAGUACAGUGAAUAUGCAACACAUCAAGAGGCAUUAUUAUGGAAGUCACCCGUCUAUAAACCCAUUUGGGAUAAUCCCUAGUGGACCAGAUAUUGACUACUCUGCUCCACAUGACAGAGCCAGAUUUUCUGCAUAACAAAACGCGUCAACAGAUCCUAACAUCAUGUAGAUUUUGUGUGGCAAUGCUUGUUGUUCUUGUAUAAUAAUUGUAUACACACCACCCUGAGAGUAUGAUGGUAACUGAUCUUUGAUGACAAUGUUAUGGACACCCUUCUGUGGAGGUUAAAAAAAAAAGGGCAGUGUCACCACACUACUAUGUUUCUUCUAUUAUCUGCAUGAUGUUGCUAUGAACCAAAACAGGCAUUGUAAUCUAAAUUUGUGUUGUUUGUGUUUCUUAAUUUUGUGGAACAAUUUCAUGGUUCUUCUUAUUUGCCGUCUGUUGUAAAGAUGUU